UUUCGAGUAGAUGCGGAACGCCUGUCUCAUCACUCAUUGUGACUGUGAAAGAAAGCAACAGAAGAGGAAUCAAUAAAGAAAAAGAUAUCAGAGUUUUAGAUAUGUAGAAGCGUAAAAGUAGCUGGACGGAAUCAUGCUUCCUCGGUAUCUGACAUCAAUUAUUGCAGUGCUCAUUCAGUGCAUCCUAGAUGGUUGAUCAAGGUGCCUUCCUGAGCCGGUUCCGGCCGCAGGAUGUAGCAGUAAUGGUAGCUCUUGUAGCAGCAGUGUUCUUGUUCCGAGCCCCAGACGAGCACAGUCUGAAGCCUGUUUGGCAGCUAGACCUUCACAGAUCUAACGGUUCUCAUCACAGGGAUUUGCUACCAAAGCCAAUCAUUGUAGAUUUGGAUAAUGAUGGGACCAAUGAACUGGUGGUUGCAACAGCUGAUGCCAAGGUCAAGGUCAUGGUUUUUCCUGUCGAGGAUUUCAGCAGUGAGAACAUUCUCCCUCAUCUACAUAUCAAGGCUGAAUACUCACUUCUCUCUGAAGUGGAGCAAUCCAAUAGUGGUGUACUGCCUGUUGCUAUGGCAGCAGGGUGUCAAGAGCAUGUCAUGGAAAGAGACUGCAACCAGGUAAUCGUUGUGGUGACAAGUGACUGGACAGUGCAUUGCAUGAGUAACUUUCUCAAGCCAAUCUGGAAAACAAGCCUUCAAUCAAAGGACCACCCACUCCAGCCAGAGCACAUCAGGGAGGUAGCUGCCUUGGUUAUUGGUCAGGUGAAUUCAGGGUUGGUGAUAGUUGGGGGAAGGACAUCUGUACCUGCUACCUCCACAGAACACAAUUUUGGGCAUGAUCACACUGUGGAGACAGGGGUAGCAGGAGACCUAGUUCAAGAAUUAGUCAACAAGCCGCGCAUUCACCGUCCUGUCCAAUCAAAAAAGGCUGCAUCAAAUGAGGCGGACCACUUUUCAACCUAUGCUCUAGACAGCUGGACUGGACAGAUAAGAUGGCGCCAUGAACCAGGGGACUUUGUCACUAAUCAGACAGCUAGAGAGGAACUUUUGUCAGCGUAUCACUUCAAACUUGCUCUUCACUCAAACCAGUACCAUGCGGGGGAGGUACGGUGGGAGCAAUACCAAGCUUCAGUACUACGCUCCCUACCCCUGAGGUGGGCGCAUCCCAGUGAUACUAACAUGAAAAUAGCAGACUUCAGGAAAGGCAAAACCGGAAGUCAAAUAUCGGAAGUAAAAAAGAAAUCCUGGCUGGAUUUGGGGUUUACUGAUCUCACAUCCGAUACCAAAGGGACCAAAAAUAGAACUCAAGGGAACGCCAUAGUGAUUCAGAGUCAUACGGGUCUCGAAGUGCUCAACAUCCAAUCAGGGCAGCCGCUUUGCCGUUACGUACACACCCAAGAACUGACCACCGCCGGGGACCUCAAUGGUGAUGACGUCAUUGACCACGUGAGCAUGCACUUCAGCGCCCACCAGCUGUUCCCUACUGAUCUCCCAUCAUGCUCUGCAAUCGCGCGGUCGGGUUCCCGCGUGUUGUUCACUGGUCCAGUAUGUGCGUCAGGCUCGUUGUUUGACUGGUCCUCAGGCGAGCCGCACGAAGUGGAGCCUCUUCUUGUGGCACCCUUACUUGUACCCAGUCCUCCUCAUCGCACCGGUCUGUUUCGUCACGUGAUGGGUCACAACCUGCGCCAACGGUCUCGUGCUGAAAUGGACGCGGUAUUUCUUGUGAGUACUGGAAAGCUGACGAGCUACGGGCCGCACGGCGAACAGAACUGGCAGGUAACGGUGGAAGGUGCGUGGGCAAAACACGUGCGCCCUGACGAGCACGGCGAGUGGACGAGCGAGAAUGGGGACCAGCGCUUCUUCCCAUCCCUUCAGAGCAUGCGCGUCAAUGCCGACGAGGAAGAAGAGUCUGCAGUGCUAGUCAGCGGUUGGUACCACAUCUCAUUGGUUUCACUGGUCGAUGGCACUAUCAUGGCUUCCCACUCGUUGCCAUGUCAACCCGUAGCUCCUGUUGUGAAUGGGGACUUCACUAAUGACGGCUUGACUGACGUCGUUGUACAGUGCAGUCAGAGUUAUCUUGGCUUCGCCUUGGAACGACGCCCGGGCUACCUGUGGACGGCAAUAUGGGUGGUCAGCGGCCUCGUCGUUGCGUUACUGACCCUAGGAUGCAUGCGAUUUGUGGAGGAAGAACUACUAUAAAUCACCAAUAGGAGUUGAGUAUUUGGAGAGCUGCGACCAAAAAGAGCCCAGGGAGUCAAGGUAGCCUAACGAUGAAGUGUCACACAACGCGUCACGCACCACACGUUAUUUAUAAAAAUCAUCCGUUCAAUUUGACCGGGGUUGAUAUAUUAGAGCCUGUGUAGCAAUUAUUUUUAACCAUCAAAGUUGUAAAUACAGGUAAAUAUUAAAUCUUGGAGUUGUGUGAGAGAAGUCUCACAACUCCCUGGUUAAAUGUAGUCAAAGAAGUACUCAUAGAUAACAACAGGGAUCGUCAGUGUAGUACAUACAAAGUUCGUUGCAUUGUUUAUUUGUUGAAUGGGUUAUGUUGGAUGUUUUACUGUUCAAAGUACCAGUGCGAGCAAAACAAGGACGCAGGAUGAGAUAACACGCUGCUCUCUUCCAUAUUAAAUGCAUUGGUUGUCCUUACAUUGCCGGUGCAAAUGACGAAAUACAAAGAGAAAAUAACAGUUCUACUAACAAACAUAUUAAGCUCUUAAAAACUUUGAUAAGUCAUGUGAUUAGUUUAUUUAAUAUCUUUAUUUUUGCAAUUGAUUAAUAAACAAUGAGAAGCUGUCAGUCUUAUAAA